AUGGUUCGAUUUCCACAUGAAGAGUGUGCAAGUCCAAACGACAUAAACUUGUACACUUCUUGGUCGCUCGAUCAACAUGAUGUCCCUGAGAAGAAGCCGCGCUCGACAUCCGUGAGACGCCUGGCUGCAAUCAUUUGCGGAAUAAUGGUGCUCGUUGCUGUCAUUGUCGCGGUGGGCGUAACGUUGACUGCCGAUUCAAGCAGUUCUGGCGAUACGCCGAGCUCGAGUGGAAGUAGCGCAACUUCCGCUGCAUCGUCUACUCGGCUAUCGUCCUGCCCUCCUGUCGCCGCCAAAGACCGGACUGUAGCAUUCUGGCAAAGCGAAGUUGCUGGAUGUGACACCGUUCCGGAUGGCGUCACUCACUUGAUCUUUGGCUUUGCACUUGUCGCAGAAGGCGUUAUCGUGCCCACGUUCCAGUCGUCCGAUGACCACAUUACACAAUGCGUGAAAACCCUCCACGAGCGCUGCAUUUCGACACUGGCGAGUGUUGGUGGGUCAACUAACAACGACAACAUGUCGGUAAUUGCGAACGCGACGCUGUUUGCUGAGUCAGCCGUCAAUCUAGUGACGAAGUUCGGGUUUGCUGGCUUGGAUUUCGACGACGAGACUGUUGGGGUGCAGUUUAGUGCCGAUCGAACGAUUGAGCUGCUGAAGGCUACACGGGAGGCGCUGGACGAAAGUGGUGGUACUUCGUCGGCUUUGCUGACCUACGAUGCCUAUUUCAGCGAAGGAGACCUCGCAGUAUGUUCAGCAGUCGACGCAGCAGUAUACUCGAGAUGCUUUCCGACAAAGGUGCUCGACUACGUGGAUUGGAUCAACAUUAUGGCGUACAACGUCCAUGAAGACGAUGCCACUGCAGCAGCAAUAUACGCGGCGGCUGAGAAUACUACUUUUGCAGCGUGGAAGACUCAGUUAGGUGGCGAUUUUUCCCGCGCUACGGUUGGUCUAUGUGUAAAGGGUGGAUGUGCCUAUGGUCCGGGGCCGAAUGCAACAGUGAUUAACGAAUGGGAGAAGUUUGGCCGCCAGGAUGGACACGGGGGUAUGAUGAUAUACUCUGCAUCGGCAGAAGUAGGCGAUAAUUUUGCAGUUACCAGGAGCAUCAUUCGCUCGUCGUAA